AAAAUGACAGGUGCACCAGUGUCGUCUGGCGGGGGAAAGUUGGUGCCAUUGCCUCCAGAUGGUGGAUGGGGAUGGGUCGUCGUGCUCGGCUCAUUCUUUGUGCACGUCUUCGCUGAUGGAUUCGUAUACUCGUUUGGAGUGCUCGUCGAAACUCUUAUGGAGGAGUUUCACGCAAGCAACACAAUGGCAGCACUCAUCAUCUCACUGCUCACCGGACUCACCCUCGGAAGUGGACCGCUCGCUUCUGCCGUGUGUAACAAGUAUGGAUGUCGUAUCACCACAAUCACCGGAGCAGGAGUUGCGUUCGUCGGAUGCGCCCUUUCGUACUUUGCAACUGCCAUGUGGCACAUUGUGAUCACCGUUGGUGUCAUCAUGGGUACCGGCUUUGGAUUGAUGUAUUGCCCGGCUAUUGUGAUCGUCACUAUGUACUUCGAGAACAAGCGCUCCCUUGCCACUGGAAUUGCAGUCGCCGGUGCUGGAGUUGGAACUGUCCUUUUCGCCCCGAUCAACGCUUUCUUCAUCAACAACUACGGAUGGCGCAGUGUUUUCCUGGCAUUCUUGUUUAUUUUGGUUCUAUGUGCUCUGUGUGGAGCCACUUUUGCUCCAUUGGAGUUUGCAUUGGUGCCAGACGAGGAAGAAGAAGUGAAUGAUGAGGUAUUGGACGAGGAUGUAAAGAAAACUGCUGCUAAUGAGGAACACGGAGAAAAGGCAACACUCUUGAGUCCGCCAUCUUUGCUCGAGAGAUCAAUGUCUCAGAGUUCUGGAGUUCAAAAAGCUGGUGAAAAGAUCCGGCCAGCUAGCUCCAUGGGAGCUGUUGAUGUUGAGUCUCAGCCAAGAUCUCGUCGCGGAACAGUUGGAGAGCGUGACAGUGGAUACCUCAACCGUAAAGACGUCUUCUACACCGGAUCAAUCUCCAAUGUCGCCGAGUUCCGUGAGGAUCCAGACAAGUAUCGCUCGACCGGUUCUCUUCAUGGACGCCACACCACUGUCGGAAGUAUUCCAGCUCACUCCACCGGAAGACUGGAUGAUGUUCGUGAGGGAAGUGAAGAAGACAGCAAAGCCAUGGAUAUCAGUGAGAAGACCAACGGAACUGACAACACUGACAACGUCGAGGGAAAGAACAUGUUCAAAACCAUCAGCAACAUGCUCUCUUUGGAGCUCCUAUUGGAACCAACUUUCUUGCUCUUUGCGAUUUCAAACCUUCUCACAUCUGUUGGAUUCAACUCCCCACUGUACUUCCUCCCACUUCACGCUACCAAAAUUGGACUCGAGCCUAUCCAAGGAUCAAAGGUUCUUUCCGCAUUUGGAGUCUCCAACACCGUUGGCCGUAUCAUCUUCGGAGUUGUUGCCGAUCACAAGCUCCCACUUCCAGGAGGCAUCGGAAAUGAUACCGCUCGUAAUCGUCUCUGGAUGUAUAACAUUUCUUUGACCAUCUGCGGACUUCUCACUGUAUUUUGCUACCAAUUCAACGGAUUCAUCCCACUUGCCACCUACUCUGCACUUUUCGGAUUCUCUAUUGCCUCGUACAUCUGCCUCACGUCUGUCAUCCUCGUCGACCUUCUUGGACUUGACAAGCUCACCAACGCCUUCGGACUGCUUCUUCUCUGGCAAGGAGUCGGAACAGUGUUCGGACCACCUGUGUCGGGAUACUUGGCUGAUAUGACCGGCAACUAUACCCUUUCAUUCGUCUUCUGCGGAGUCAAUCUCCUGGCCUCUGGGCUCAUGCUCUUCGGAAUCCCAUUCUUCCAGAAAAAAGCCAAGGCCAAGGCCCUGGCUAUCAAAAAGUAGAUGCUCCUGUCCCUGAUGAUCUGCCAUGAUUUUCGCUUUCUCUCAUUUCUUAACGAUAUCAUUUCUAAUUUUCAUUUUCAUACACCCAAUCUCUUCUUAUCGAAAUUGUGUUUUCAAAGCACUGGGUACUCCUUGUUAUUUAGACCAUAUUCCUUGUUCCAGACAUAUUUCCUUCAAUUUCACUUGUCCUCAUCUGGUUUUCUUGUUCACUUUGUCCAUUACCUAGGUUUUCCCCUUGUAGUUUGUUGUUAAUUCUCUCUCACUGUUUUCCCAAAUACCAAUAAUUUGUAAUUCAAUAAUUUGAAUCUGGUUCAAAACUCGUUUCACCCAGUUUUAUCUAUGUGUGUAUUAGUGCCUUUUUUGCUCUUCCAGCAAUCUCUCCCAAAUUGAUGGGCUUAACAUUCCGUUUUUGUUUUCCUAUCUUUAAUAUACCUCAACACACUGUCUAAAUCGUUAGACUACAUUUCCAUAAUAUUGCUGGUUUUGCGCCUUUCUGGCACUUUUCACAUCUGUAUUAUGAUACUAUGAAGUUGAGUUCUUGAAA